GACUAUUUGUGUAGUUUAUCAAAAUAUCUUGUGUUUCAUUUGGACCCAAUAUCUUUUGCUUUCAUUGGCAAGAGUCACCACCAUCCAUCUUCUAAACGUGUGAAUUACUUUUCUCAAUUUCUAACAACUUUACACCACAAAUGAAAGAUUCCCCUCCCAUAUGUUUGGAAAGGCUGUAUCUCCAUCUCCAAUUCUACCUUCCACUGUGUUAUGAGGAUUCACUAUAUUCCUUCAUCUUCCUGUUUGCAUCCAAUUAAACCCCAUAAAAACCCUAGAAUCAAUUUAUUAUGGACUAAAGGAUUUCAUCAAACACAAAAUUCAACAACAUUCUGCUGCUACAGAUCCAACACCAGCUACUGUUAUGCAUAUACCACAUGCCAAUUGCAAGGAGAGGAUUCACAGUUGAAAAGAACUUUAAAGAAACAGAAUAAAGGGGAUGAUUCCGGUAUCCCCAUUGCAGUUUCCGGCACAAAAAAGGGAACUAUAGCCGGUGCGGUGGCUCUGAUCAUUGGAACAAGUAUAGGAUCUGGGAUACUUGCUCUUCCCAAAAGAACUUCUCCGGCGGGUUUGCUUCCGAGUUCAAUAUCUUUGAUUUUGUGUUGGGGAUUUCUGUUGAUUGAAGCACUGCUACUAGUUGAAAUCAACGUGGGUCUUCUUAAAAAGAAGGAAAACAGAGUGGAGAAUGAGAAUGAGAAUGAGUUGGAAGUGAUCUCGAUUCGAACCAUGGCUCAAGAGACGUUAGGUGAAUUGGGUGGAACCUUAGCCACUUUGACCUACGUGUUCUUGGGGUACACAUCGAUGAUCGCUUAUGCUUCAAAAUCCGGUGAAAUUCUUUACCAUUUCAUCAAGAUUCCAGAAUCAGUUUCAGGGGUUUUCUUCACCAUGGUCUUCGCAAUUCUCAUAUCUGGUGGAGGAACACGCACCACAGAUCAAGUGAAUCAAGUUCUUACAGUCUGUAUGAUAGGGUUGUUGGUAGCAAUUGAGGUUCUAGCAAUCUUUUAUGGAGGGUGGGCAGGUUUUGAAGGCAAUGGUGAUUGGACAAAAGUUCCAGCAACUAUUCCGGUGAUGAUAUUUUCUUUGGUUUAUCAUGACCUAGCUCCUGUUCUUUGCGCGUAUUUGGGCGGUGAUAUUGAACGUAUAAGGACUUCGGUUGUUCUUGGCAGUGUUGUACCGUUGGCAGGAAUCUUGAUUUGGAACGCGGUAGCUCUUGGUCUCUCCAGUCAAACUGAACCAAUCAUCGAUCCUCUCGAGUUGCUUAUGAGGCAAAGAUGGGAUGGAGUUCAGAUUAUGGUAGAGGCAUUUUCACUUCUAGCAGUUGGAACAUCACUAUUAGGGACUCUCUUAGGCUUCUCUCAGUUCUUCAAAGAACAAAUAGUCAACAAUUUUACUUGGGAUUCUUCUUCUCCAUCACAGAAAUCCAGAACCGACUUUGGUGGGAUGGUAGAAAAAUGGUGGGUAAACAAUAGGACCGGUUUCACAGCCACAGUUAUGGUCAUUGGUCCGACUCUUUUUGUGUCUACUACUGUCCCAGAUGUGUUCUCUGCUGCUACAGACAUUGCUGGAGGGUACUGCAUGACAAUGCUGUAUGGAGUACUUCCGCCAGCAAUGGCGUGGGCUAUGCAUGUUGAAGAGGAAACUGAUGAUAAAAAGGGGAUAUCAAGAACAAGACUAGCCCUAUUUGGGAUAGGACUAUUCGCUUGUGGGAUCAUUCUCGAACAAAUUUUUCUGGAUCUUUCGAUUGUUUAGUCCUAAGGGAAUUUGUAAUCUCAAUCCAGAACGAGCAAUCAAUGUUACACGAGGAAAAAGAACGAAUUUUUAUUG